GGUUUUGGAGAUAAGCAUGAUAAGACUAAUGAUAUAUAAGGAACUCUUAGCUGAUUUCUUCUCAAUACAUCCAUCAACAUGCUUCAACACUUAUUAAUUGUGUGCCUUUUUAGCUUGAUCAAAGCUGACAGCUUUGUAAAUGACCUUCGCAGAAAUAUCAAAAUAUAUCGCAAUGUAUAUUUUGACUACAAUAUCAGAGAUUUCUCGGACGAAGCAGUUAAACGUCUAAGAAGGAAAUCAUUAACACCGGUUCAAAUAAAAAUAACUGAUGCAUUGCUAAUUGACGAGAGUUGUUCCCAAAGUGAGAGAGAGAAAAGAGCAUCUGCGGAGCCUGUGAGAAUGAAAAUAUCUGAUGCACUGCUUAUUGACAAAAACAGUUUCGAUAAUGGCAGACAGAAACGAAAAUCUGCGGGGCCAGUGAGAAUGAAAAUAUCUGAUGCAUUGCUUAUUGACGAAACCAGUUUCGACAAUGGCAGAGAGAAGCGAAAAUCUGCGGGGCCAGUGAGAAUGAAAAUAUCUGAUGCAUUGCUUAUUGACGAAACCAGUUUCGACAAUGGCAGAGAGAAGCGAAAAUCUGCGGGGCCAGUGAGAAUGAAAAUAUCUGAUGCAUUGCUUAUUGACGAAACCAGUUUCGACAGUGGCAGAGAGAAGCGAAAAUCUGCGGGGCCAGUAGUGAGAUGA